AUGCAACAAGAAGCGACAGCAGUUAGUGACUCCAAAAAUACCGACAUCCCACAACAGUCAGAGUUAAAUAAAAUUAAAAAUGAUACCAAAAUAAAUUCUAAAAAAAAAUUGGUUAAGAGUGUCAAUCGCAGAACUCAAUUACCUGUCAAGUGUCCUAAAAGAUUACCUUCAAAGUCCUCUGUUAGGAUUUUAGGAAACAAAGUCCCAAGACCGAUAAAAAAAGAUGUCAAAAAUUCUCAACUGCCGUGCGUUAGUGGACCCACUUGCUAUGAAUCGAGAAAAAGCGUUUCGUUAAUUGAAUUGUCGCCUGCUAAAAUGAACACCAGAUUAAUUGAUAGGCCAGAAGAAAAAAGCGUAUUUGACAUGGACAGAGACAAAAUUUGUAGCCUAGAUGAUGUGUCCAAAAAAACUUGGCUAGAUGCCAGUAAUGGUAAUAUUAAUAUUAAUAGUAUCAAUAAUUAUAACAAUGAGAGCAAUAGCAAAGAUUUGGAAGUAAUAAUGAAGAAGAAAGCCGCGAGCAUUGUUUGCCAUACGCUGAUAAUAAAUGCAUGGAGACGCAGGCGUGAGGAAGUAAUCGAUCUUAAUGGGAUUAUUGAACAGCUACGUCAGCAAAUAGAUCACUUGCAGUUGCAGAUUGUUGUAUUGAGACGAUUACUGGACACCGAGAAUAGCCGGGUCGGUAAACUUGGCGCCCAAGUUCAUCGCGCUAAAAUACAGCUUGACAGUAUUACUAAAGAAAAGGAAACUCUUACUAAUGAAAAUAAAAAAUUAAAAAGUGAUUUGAAUUCAUUAAAUCAAGUAACUGAAGAACAAAAAAUUACAAUUGAAAACUAUAAAAAUGAAUUAUUAAGUACCAAAAAUCAGGUAAAGGCUGUUGAUACGCAGAUUAUGAAAGACAGAGAAAAAUUAUUAAAAUUGAGGGAUGAUAAGCAAAUUUUAUUGGACAAGCUUGCGAUGUAUGAAAAAAUUUCAACUGAACGCGAGGAGCGGAUGGAGAGAGCUGAGAACAAUGUGGAAGAGUUGACAAACAAGUUAAAUAUUCACAUAGCUAUUGUUGAAAGUUUGAAAGAAGAAAAGCAACAACUUGUCAAGAAUUUAGAGGGUAUUGAAAAGAAGAAAAUAGAAGCGGAAAAAAUUUUAUUAGUCAGCGAGGAUCGCGAAAAAGUAUUGAGCUUGCGGAUAAGUAAUCUCGAAAUACAGUUGAGUGAUCGCGAAACUGCGUUACGUAAGAUUGAAUCUGUUUAUAGAUCUCAGCUGACUGAAAUUCAUGACUUAAGAGAAAAAUUACUGAAACAAAGCCAAGUAUGUGGAUGGAGUAGUAGAGUUUUGCAAAUAGCAGGAAGUGUUGUAAGAGCACCGCAAGUUAUUUUACGUACUCUUUCAUUCUUAGCAUUCGGCGGAAUUCCUUCGCGUCCAUAAAAAUUUUUUUUAUAUAACUUUAAUAUAAAUAAAAAAAAAUCAAAUUAUUUAAUGACAAACAACAAAUUAGAAUUGAUAUUAAACAUUAUCAAAAUGCAAGAUUUUAAAAUAGUCACCAUCGAUUUAAACUAUAGAAUCUUCGCACAUAUAUCAAUGUCAGAGUUAAAAUAGAAACGUUUUUUUUUGUCAUGAAAAAAAAAUUUUUGGGCUUUAUAAAGAAAUCAAAGCUAGUUAAAUUACUAAUGCAUCAAUUAUUAUUAAUUUUUUUAUACUAGCAUUAUAUAUGUGUAUAUGUAACAAGAUAAUUAAA